AUUAACCAGCCUCUUUUGAAUGCACGUCUGGGUCACUGGCACAUGUUCUGACAGCGUGCAGUGAUUCAGGUGGUUUUACUCUGCAGCUGAACUCUUGACUGAGCAAAACCCAUAAUUCAGUGUAAAGAUGUCAUCUGAAGAUGACACAAUUAGUUUCCCUGAGCUUAUAAAGCUGAAACGAAAUGGUGGACAACUCAGUCUGGCAGAAAUACACACUUUUGUGCAAGGAGUCACAACAGGAGCCAUCCAGAAAAGUCAAAUUGGCGCAAUGCUAAUGGCAAUAUGGCAGAAAGGCAUGACUGAUGAAGAGACCCUGGCAUUGACACGAGAGAUGAUGAACUCUGGAGAUACGUUUAAAUGGCCGAAUGAAUGGCUUGUUUUGGACAAACACUCAACUGGUGGGGUUGGAGACAAAGUCAGCCUUCCACUCGCUCCUGCUCUGGCUGCAUGUGGCUGUAAGGUGCCCAUGAUAAGCGGGAGAGGACUGGCACAUACAGGUGGCACACUGGACAAACUGGAGUCUAUCCCUGGGUUUAACGUCAAUCAGUCGGUUCAACAGGUCAAGCAGAUCCUAGAGGAUGUAGGCUGUUGCAUUGUCGGCCAGACAGAGAGCCUUGUGCCAGCAGAUCGUGUUCUCUACGCCAUCAGAGACGCCACUUCCACUGUUGAUAGCCUUCCUCUUAUCACAAGCUCCAUCAUCUCCAAGAAAGGAGCUGAAGGUCUGAGUGCUCUUGUGUUAGAUGUGAAGUUUGGCAGAGCUGCUCUGUAUAAAGAUCUGGACAGAGCUCGCAGUCUCGCUCAGUGUCUGGUCACUGCCGGGAACGAGUUAGGUAUAAAAACAGGGGCCGUGUUGAGCCGAAUGGACGCUCCCAUUGGCCAGACUGUGGGAAAUGCAGUUGAGGUGUGUGAAGCACUUGAGUGCCUCAAAGGAAGAGGCCCAGAUGAUCUCAGAGAACUAGUCACCAAUUUAGGUGGGCAUCUAUUGUGGAUGUGUGGCCACUCUUCAACUCUGGAGAAUGGGAAACAUGAAAUCGCUGUUAAACUGAAGAACGGAGAAGCCCUGAAUAAGUUCCAGGCGAUGCUGGAGGCUCAGGGGGUGACUGCAGAUGUGGCCCGUUCCCUGUGCUCGGACGAGAGUCGCUACUUUGAGUAUAUGAAGCGUGCGGCGAAUCAGACAGAGCUUAAGGUGCCGAAGGAUGGAGCUGUUUUGGACAUGGAUGGUUUGGCUCUGGCUGAAGUGCUGCACAAACUAGGAGCAGGACGUACUAAAUCAGGAGAGAAAAUCGACCAUAGUGUUGGAGCAGAGAUGCUGGUUGAGAUGGGACAGCUGGUGCAGAAAGGUCAAACGUGGAUCAGGAUUCACCACAGCAGCGUAGAUCUGAGUGCACAGCAGCGUUCUGACCUGCAGAAAGCUUUGGUCAUUGGCCGCCAAGACCAAUACAAAGCUGCAUCUCGUAUAGUAGAAUUCAUCCACCCAAAUCACCACAUGUCCUAACACAACCUCAUUCAAGACUUUUGUUUGUGAAAAACAUUUCACUUUCAGUGUACUGUUACCAAGAAUCUGCAUUGUUUAUAUGACUUUGAUGAGCAACGGUGACCUUUGAGCUCACAUCUGGAAAAUCGUUAAACAUAUUUGCUUACCAGUAGCUGCAGUAUUAUUGUCGCCUAGGUCUGCUUUAAUCCUGUCCUGGAGCUGCAAAGACGAACAGAUCUAAUCCAAAUCACCCAAACUAAAAGAUCAAGGCCUUCAGGUUGAAUGUGUAAAUUGCAUCCAGGUGCGUUUGUUUGGACCUUAGCAGGAAGGUGGAUCUGCUGGAGCAGGACUGAGUUUAUAUUCACACAGAUAUAUAAAACACUAACCUUAAAAGACGUUUGUGUAGUGUACAUGAUGAUAACCAAGGAUAUUUAUAAGCUUUCAAAUGAAUUGCAAGAAAAUAAAAAAAGUUCAGAUUCUACUAUGGGA